AAAGCCACGCGUGACGAGAUGGAGGACGCGUCGUCCUCCUCCUCGUCGGUCUCCUACUCUCUUCACCCUUAUAGCUCUUGUGAUAUAACUAAUGAUAGCUUCCAGUUGCAGGGUCCUUUUCAAUUUCAGUUUCUUUGGAACAAACCAACAAAAUUACUUGCAACUUUGUUUUAGAAGAAACCGUUAAGCGCUAAAGAAACGAACCCUUGUUCCCUAUUUGCAGAGUGGGCCGAGUUCUGAAGUUUACUUGCACCUAUGUUGCUUUGAAGCCUCUGAAUCAUCACUUGCCUCUGUUGGGUCACUGUGAUUACCGUGUUUUGAGCUACAGCGUUAACAUGGAUGGUAGAAGACAUAAGCGAAGCGGUGUUGACCAUAACAACAAGCUCAAUCUCGUAUGGAGACCAGUCAGUAAACUCAGUACACAAGUCAGUUCCAAUGAAGAAUGCUCAGUAGUGGAGGUUACGGAUAAGCUGGAAGAAGAAGUGCACUCUUGUUCGUCUACCAAGAUUUCAAGUGCUCAAGAUGACAUAGAGAUGGCUUCAGCAGUUACUGAAGCAACUAAGCUCACUACUUGUUCAAGUGCAUCGCAAGAUAAUGAAGAAGAUAAAGGUUUAGAAGGAGAAACAGUGCUUUUGACCGAAAAGCAUUCAAUUUCAGUUGAGGUUGGGGCUUCUUUGCAUCGCUUUAUCAGAGGAAAAGGAGGAUCUACUCAGAAAAUGAUUGAAGAUGAGACAGGAGUGAAGAUUAAAAUCCCUUUGUCAAACAAAAAGGAUUCCAUUAUUAUUGAAGGCCUCUCAAGUGAAAGUGUAUCUAGAGCUUCAGAGAAGAUGCAGGCUAUAAUUGAUGAGGCAGUGAAAAGCCCAAGUCUUGAUUACUCUCACUUCAUUUCACUUCCCUUAGCAAUACAUCCUGAAUUAGUUGAUAAGCUUGUCAACUUUCAGAACUCCAUUCUAGGAAUUACUGAUUCUUCCCAGGGUGAGAAUCUGGACGGUGGUUCGAAUGAAGAUGAUUCCAAUAAUGAAGAUGAAGAUCAAAAGUUAAAGAAAGGAUCUGAUGUUGCAGUUGAACUUAAAGCUGAACCAUCAAAGUCUCCUACCCUAUCUGACUUGGGAAUUGAGAAAUCAAUCUUUAUUAAACCGAAAACAUUUCACCUAACUGUGCUCAUGUUGAAGUUGUGGAACAAGGACAGAGUUCAUGCAGCUACUGAGGUUUUGCAGAGCAUCUCUUCGGAAGUGAUGGAAGCCUUAGAUAAUCGCGCUCUAUCCAUAAGACUCAAGGGACUGAAUUGUAUGAGAGGUUCUUUUGCCAAAGCUGGUGUUCUAUAUGCGCCCGUUGAAGAAAUUGGCAAUGAGGGCCGACUUAUGCGUGCCUGUCAAGUCAUUAUUGAUGCAUUUGUUAAAGCAGGGCUUGUUCUAGAGAAAGAUGCAAAUCAGAAAUUAAAGCUCCAUGCAACGGUGAUGAAGGCAAGGCAUGGACAAAGGAAUCAAAAGAGAAAAUUUAGUACCUUUGAUGCCCGUGGCAUAUAUAAGCAGUAUGGAUCCGAGGAAUGGGGAGAGUAUCUUAUCCGUGAAGCUCAUCUUUCACAAAGGUUUGUGUACGAUGACAAGGGAUAUUAUCAUUGUUGUGCUUCUAUACCUUUUCCAGAAAUAUGCAAGUAAGACUGCUUUGUUUAUGUCUAGAUGCACUCUAUUUUCUGUCGAGUAAGAAACAAUAUGUAAGAUGGGGAAAGAAGUUAUGGCAAUAAAUUCAGUUUUACUAUGCGCC